AUGAAAACGAACACCGCAAUCAUCUCAAUUCUUUUGCUAACAAUUGUUAAUGGACAUCCGAAUUGUGAAUAUAAGGAUAAAAUUCGACGUUGGGUUAUCUGUACACAUGAAGAAUACGAUGAAGCUAAUGGAAAUUACGUUUUACCGAAAGGUGUUUUUUCGAGCAUUGUUGAAGCAUACAGUAUUAGCUUGAGUAAAUGCAAAAUAUCGGAUAUAGAUACACGAGCAUUUGAUAAUUCUUCUUUAUUACAUCGUUUGACGUUAUCAGAAAACAAACUGGAAACAUUGAAAGCGGGCGUAUUGGAUCCGGUUAGAAAUUUAAAGUUUUUGAACCUUUCUCAUAACCAUAUUACUGAUUUACCCUUGGAUAUAUUCAGGCUAAAUUCUGACUUAUUAGUACUCGAUUUAAACUCUAAUAGAUUGAAAACAGUUUAUACCGUAUUAUUUAAACCAUUAACUAAAUUAUUAGAUUUACAUUUGGCACAAAAUUUUAUAAACGGUAAAUAUUUAUAUCCUGAUACGUUUCAAGUAAAUACACGUUUGAAAUAUUUAGAUUUUUCUGGAAACAAAUUAUCUGAGUCACCGGAAUUUUUAUUUUCUUCGUUUGAAGAUUGUGAACAUUUAGAUUUAAGUAAUAUACUUUUAACAAAUAUUCCUCGAUUCGUGAGACUUGGAAAAUUUAAGAAUCUCCUACGAUUACUUCUAAAUGGAAACCAUAUCAGUAAAAUUGAUGAUAUACAUACAUUCAAUAAUUUCUACGAAUUAAAUUUGUUACAAUUAAACGAUAAUGUAAUAGAAUACAUAAAUGAGAUGGCAUUUAGACCAUUACCAUUUUUAUCUGAGUUACAACUAGUUGGUAACCGUUUAAUGAAAAUAUCAGACACACAAUUUCAGUAUUUACCAAGGUUAAGGACAGUUUAUUUAUCAAGAAAUCUUUUAACAAACGCAAUAGUCAAUGCAUUUAAGCAUACAUCAUUAGUUAAUUUAGAUAUAAGUCAUAAUAAAAUAACUUAUUUGGAAGAAAACUUUUGUAUGAAGCUUAAUUAAAUGGGUAUCUUAGGAAGGGUCAAUUUCGAUAACAAUCCUUGGCAAUGUGCUUGCUUAAGGGAGUUAUUAAGUGAAGUAAAGGUAAUGGA